CGAUUCGCACGUUGCUGCGCUUAUAUCGGAUUGCCCUAUCGGUUCGUGCGGAUUUCGCAAAAGCCGCCGUUGUUCGGUGAUAGUAAAGUUCUUUUAAAGACUGGUAAAAGUUCAAGUGAAAUCUUGGCGUGGAUUACGUUCAGGGCUGCUCGCAUUGAAACGACUGGUUCCGCGGCAACUGGAAAUACAAAUUGGAGUUGCUUAUUUAUAAACGCAUUCCGGUGAAUCAUUUAAGUCAUGCCGAAGAAUAAGGGAAAGGGAGGAAAGAACAGGAGAAGAGGAAAGAAUGAAAAUGAUGCAGACAAAAGAGAGCUGAUCUUUAAAGAGGAUGGCCAGGAGUACGCCCAGGUGGCCAAAAUGCUGGGCAACGGCCGGCUGGAGGCCAUGUGCUUCGACGGCGUGAAGCGACUGUGCCACAUUCGCGGCAAGCUGCGGAAGAAGGUGUGGAUCAACCAGGGCGACAUCGUGCUGGUGGGGCUGCGCGAGUUCCAGGACCAGAAGGCCGACGUCAUCCUCAAGUACAACGAUGACGAGGCGCGCAACCUGAAGACGUACGGCGAGAUCCCCGACUCGGUGCAGAUUACCGAGGCCGGCACCUUCGUCGGCGACGGCAUGGACGACGACAUCCAGUUCAACGACGUCGCCGGCGAUGAAUCAGGCUCGGACGACGACAUUGACUAUAUAUAGGCACACAUGCGGUCGGUUGUUAUGCCUGAGAUCAGCACUGGGAGCCCCGGCUGACUCAGCCUGCCGACGUGUCGCCGUCGACCGGGGCUGAUCUGGCUGGCGGUGAUCCAGAGCGACGGCUGGGACUGCGGACGUGCCGCCGUCGACCAGAGCUGACCUGGCUGGCAGUGAUCCAGAGCGACGGCCGGAGCUGCGGACGUGCCGCCGUCGACCAGAGCUGACCUGACUGGCAGUGGUCCAGAGCGACGGCCGGAGCUGCGGACGUGCCGCUGUCGACCGGAGCUGACCUGGCUGGCGCUGGUCCAGAACAACGGCCGGGCGCGCUCAUCACGCAUCACACGUCCUCUGGAGCGAGGACUGAGCGCCAUGUACUGCAGCGUCGAGGCGGCCUUUAUCGAGGAGACGCUCAUCAACAACAGCGCAUUGGCCCACUGGUGACGACAUUCAUCAGCUGCUUUUGGAGGCUGCCGUUUGCACCUGUUUGCGCGUGCCUAAUCUCUUGAAAUGCUGGUUUAAUUCUUG